UGUCAACCCGAAAGAAAGCGCACACGAUCAAUUCUAGCGUCCACGUGGAUCAAUCAAUCAGUCAUGGAACUGUUGGGUCGAUAUCUGGAGAGGAGCAACUCAGUCAGUUCUGUCAUGGCUCAAGAUGCCGUGAACGAGGAGAACCUGAGAGAUGACCUGAAGUACUACUUCAUGAGCCCGUGUGAGAAGUACAGGACCCGACGACACAUUCCCUGGAAACUAGGAGUCCAGAUCCUGAAGAUUGUCAUGAUCACAACACAACUCAUCCUGUUCGGCCUCAACAACCAGCUGGUGGUGUCUUAUAAGGAGGAGAACACCAUCACCCUGAAAAACCUCUUCCUGAAGGACUACGCUGGCGUGGAUGAGGACGACUACAGUGUCGCCGUCUACACCCAGCAAGGUGUCUACGAGAGCCUGCAUUAUGUCCUGGAUCAGUACAGCCAGUUGGGCCGGCUCUCUACGGGUCCCAUCACCUACCCCGAGGACGACGAUGGCAACCUGCUCCCGCUGGACAUGUGUAAAGAGCACUACAAGAGAGGCAGCGUGGAGCCGUCUGAAGAGGCCUACGACGUAGACGCGCAGCUGGAGACAGUUUGCACGUCACAUGAUCCAAAGACUGGAAACCUGCAGACGCUCUACAACUCCUCCUUUUUUAAUCUGGACUUUUACAGGCUCGUCGACAUCAAAAUCACCUUCCAGCUGAAAGGCAUCAAUCUGCAGACAGUGCGUUCACGGGAGUUACCUGACUGCUACUCCUUCUGUGUCACGAUAACAUUUGAUAACCAGUGUCACAGCGGGAAGGUGAAAAUAUUCCUGGACAUAGACACUCAGAGGUGCGCCUGCAGGAACUGGAAGAUCUCAGGAACAGCUCAGAAGAACACACACUAUCUCCUGAUAUUCGACGGCUUCGUCAUCCUAGUCUGCCUCACGUCGGCCGUGCUGUGCAGCCGCUCCAUCGUGCUGGCCGUCAGGUUACUCCAGAGAUUCUCCAGAUUCUUCCACGAGAGCUACAAUCGUAAAGUGUGUGAGGACGAUCAGAAGGAGUUCUUGAACGGCUGGUACAUCCUUGUCAUCGUCAGCGACCUCUUGGCCAUAGUUGGAACAAUAUUGAAGAUGGAAAUACAAACAAAGAAUUUGACCAGUUAUGACGUGUGCAGUAUCUUCCUGGGAACAGCCACCUUAAUGGUGUGGGUCAGUGUGAUCAGGUACCUGGGAUACUUCCAGAAAUACAACGUGCUGAUUUUAACUAUGAGAGCCGCCUUCCCCAAGGUCCUGCGUUUCUGCUGCUGUGCCGGAAUGAUCUACCUGGGCUACACCUUCUGCGGGUGGAUCGUUCUGGGCCCGUACCACGAGAAGUUCGAGGGCCUGAGUCGCGUGGCCGAGUGUCUGUUCUCCCUGGUGAACGGUGACGACAUGUUCACGACCUUCGCCCAGCUGAAGGACAAGAACACGCUGGUGUGGCUCUUCAGUCGGGCGUACCUCUACUCCUUCAUCUCCCUGUUCAUUUACAUGGUGCUGUCGCUCUUCAUCGCCCUCAUCACCGACGCCUACGAGACCAUCAAGAACUACCAAAAGGAAGGUUUCCCGUUGACGGACCUGCACAAGUUCCUCAGAGAGCAGAAAGAUUUCCCUGUGGCGGAGGAGAGCAGUCAGGCAGAUGUUCACAUCAAGAACUCUGUGCUCUGCUGCUGCCAACGAGUUCCAGAAAAUGACGACAUGGUGCUGAUCAGUUGACAACUGUCCCACCUCCAGAUGAGAGGGUUCAUGGAGGAGGAGGAUGCUGGGAACAGGACCUCACACAUCUGACGCUGACGACAGAGGCCUCCCUGGGAUACGUAGAAAUAACCUUUCUGUGAAGGGCAAUAUUCUGAUCAAACUGGAGCUCAGGCUGAUGAGUUGGAACUGGGACUAAAAGACCAACCUGUUAUUGAACUGUGUCUGUUGGAGUUCAGGAUAUCGCAGAGGAGUUAACUGGACCUUUUUCAGGCAUGCGUAUAUGUAUUAGUUGCCAAAGAGCUGGAUUCCCCGUUGUUAUGACCUCGACUGUUGUUUCGAACACCAGGUCGAGGCAACGUGAUGUUAGAUGUAUGUUGUUUGUGAAGUGUUGUCAAAGAGAUCACAUUUAAGCCGAUAUUUUUAUUUGUUCAGUGUUAGAAUAAGUUUCCUGUCUUUGCUGAAGAUGUCUGAGCCUUGAGUCAAACGGCGAGUAGAAGUAAGAAAUCAAAGCUGUACAUGAAUGUGAUUAUUUAUAUGGUCAGUAUAUUACAAGCAGUGGUGGGAGCCUGAAUGGCAUGAGGACGGAGAUCUAUGAAUUUCCUCUGCACAAAAUAAAUGAGCUCCAACGGUUUCUCUGGGUUUCAUCAUCAUAAUAGUAAAUGAUGAUAAAACUGUAUUUUGUAGCACUUAUCUAAACACGGUCACAAAGUAAUUGACAAAAUAUAUGAGAAUAAACAACACAGAACAAAACAAGUCAAAGAAAAAGAACAACAUCCAUUAAGACCAGUUAAAAAUCAGCCAUUCAAAUUCUUUCCAAUAAAAAUGUAUACGUUUUUGUGCUGGAUUGUCUAAUCUCCAUGGACUGGAGUACCAGAGCCUCUGGGCCCUGAUGGCGAAAGCCUUGUCACCCUUAGUUACCACUAAGUGUUGGUGUUGUUUGGAAUAUCUUACAUUAUGGCUUUAAGAAUAGGGCGUUAGCUCCGUUAUAUAACUGGGGGACAGUUCUUCUUCAAUUGAAUUCCUCAGAUGUCUAACAUAACGGUGGAAUCAAUGAGUAAACUUCUGUGUAAUCUGCAUGGCAAUGACAGGAGACUCCAUUUGAAAUAAUGGAAGCUUAUAAAGGGAAAUCAAAAGUGGACCAAAGGUAGAACCCUGUGGUUCUCCGCACAUGAGUUGAGCGGAUGAAGACAAUUCUGCAUCUGUGACAUGUGAUCUAAACCAUUAAGAGCCAGGUUGAGAUUGAGAAAGACGGGUGUUUUAAAUGACAACACCAGGACCAGAGCAUGACUCAACCUUAUCGUUAAAUCUGCCAGCAUGUUAAGAUGUUAAAACAAGCUGCAGCACGACUUCACACUCAGAGUGUGACUGCUGUGCCAUUAACCUGAUAAUAAUCAAAGUGUUUUGUUAGACCAUUGAAUUUGAGCUUGAAAGAGUUAAUCUGUCAAAAGACCUCUAUUGCUCAGUGGGCUGUUUCUCUGCCCUUAUGUCAUCCGAGAGAUUUCUUGGUUGAUUCAGUCCGGACGGGAUAAAAACAGCCACAUAGUGUUUUUCCUACAUGUGGCAACACUGCCCUCAUAUUUGUAAGAUCUCCUUGAGUUCAUGUUAAAACAGAGCCAGAAAAAAGAAUGAAAGACGAGAGCAGGUUACUCACUCUAAGGAUCUAACUAAUCUGCGGGUUUACUUUGAGUCAACAAACGACAGGGUUACUUUCAAAUAACACAAUUCAAUAACAAAUCAGUUUAGAUGUGUGGCCUCUGAAACACAACUUACACAUCUGUGCAAAAUAGGGGUAAACUAUACAUUGAAGUCCAGAUGGCAACAAGAGCAGAUUUUAAGAGUGGACAGAGGAUCGACUCCAAAAAUAAUUUGGUGAAUUCAGAUUAUUUUUGUACAGAGGCCCUUUGUUUAGUUGGUGAACUGCUACUACACUUAUGUUAAAGACAACACCCAUAGAAAACUGUGUGAACUGACUUGACCUGUUCAAAGCUGCUUUGCAAAUCAACCAAAGCCGGUAUCUGCCCACACGCAGGGCCUCAAACACUGUUGUAUACAGGAGCAGAGUUGAGUUUGCUGGGGGUCAAUAGACGGACACACCCUGGGGCCCCACAACACAUAAACACAGCCAUGGUCACACUCUGCUAUCAAGGUAAUCAGAUAAUUACUGUGACAGUGGUGAAGAAGUACUCAGAUCCCUAACUUGAGUAAAAGUUCCAACGUGUAAUGUUCUGUUAUUAUCAGCUAAACGCUUACAUUUGUUUUUUUUAUUUAUUGUUGUGCCUUAAGUUUUUAUUUGACAGGACAAAGUUGAUCAUUGUGAGGCGGAGAGAAAGAGGGGAAGACAUGUAGCAAAGGGCCCGGUCGGAAUCUGCAGCCGCUGCAGGAGGACUCAAUCCUGUGUACAAAGCUGAAGAGUGUUAAAAGUAUCAAAAGUAAAAGUACACAUUCUGCACCCUGUA